AAAAUGUUUUAUUUAAACAAGAACAUACAGUUCAAUAACACACAAGAACAAAAAGAAAAAAGAAAAAGCAGAGAGUUCAAGUAGGGAAGGGUAGGCGCAAGCAGAGGGGGGGGCCCCUCUGUUGCAGCUGGAUUCUCUUCUGCAGGCCGUCCUGGGCCCAGGGGGGCUGAGAGGGGAGGACCAGAAUUGCACAGGUUUCCCGAUCGUGUGGACAUGGAGCGCAUGAAGGUUAAGAGCGGAGGGCUUGGGGAAGGCACGUGCACACCCACAACCUCUACUCACAUUGACCCACCCCCAUUAUUUCAGUGUCCCAAGAGGGAUAUUUUAACAAUAUGUUGACACCCUGUAGAGUGUCCAUAGGAGGGCAACCUAGAAAAGGAGUCCUUUGAGGAAUGGUUGAAAGAGUUGGCAAUGUUGGGCAGGCCUAGAAGCAGUGGGUAGAAAUGCCUCCAGCGCAGAGCGGGGCGGGGGGGACUUGGUGGCCUUUAAGAUGCCCCUCUGUGAAUGAAUACAUUGAUUUCCCCACUUUCAGCUGUCUUCAGCUCCUUCUUUUUCUUAUUGUUCCAAACCACAUAAAGCAACUGGUAAGACACAUUGUGCCCAGGUCACAUCAGUCAAGAAAUUAAGAUGUAUACGACAGCUAUAAAAUAAUAAUAAAAGAUUAAUGUUCAACUUCUGUUUGUGUCUACUCCACCUGGGAUAUCGCCAUUCGAUAUUUUAAAAUGCUAAAUAUGCGUUACUAUCAUACCAACUCUAACCUGCAUAAUUAGGAGAUAAGGGUCCUUAUCUGAUCUCUAUGGGUAAAGUUCGUUUCCAAGUUCUCCAGCUCCCUUGCUGUGGCAUGUUUGCUGGAUAUGUGCCAAGGCAAAUCUCUUUCCUGAAAAGUAUUUGAUGGGUUAUAUAACCUGUGGAGAGAAGAAUACGCAGAAUCAAGACAGUAUACCAGUGGUGACUGUGGCAACCUUUGUAACUCAGGCAAUGUGUUAUGUAAUUGCCAGUCCCUUACUAUUUGAAGAGUAAAUAUCAGGAGGCACCAUGGAUGUUAGUGCAGUCAUAGGAAUGAAAAACACAGUCAUAUAACCAAAGUUUAUCGGCAAAGUCUCAUCUGCAAAGGAAAAAGAUGCAGCAGAAGAAGUGCAUUUUUCAAAAAGCCAAAAAAGUGGAGCCUAGCUGAAAUCAGUGGGCCUAGACCAUGCGAGGCAAACUAAGGCCUGGGGGCUGGAUACAGCCCAGUCGCCUUCUAAAUCUGGCCCAUGGACAGUCCGGCAAUCAGCGUGUUUUUCCAUGAGUAGAAUGUGUCCUUUUAUUUAAAAUGCAUCUCUGGGUUAUUUGUGGGGCAUAGGAAUUUGUUCAUCCCCCCCCCUAAAUAUAGUCUGGCCCCUCACAUGGUCUGAGGGACAGUGGACCGGCCCCCUGCUGAAAAAGUUUGCUGACCUUUGGCCUAGACAUACAGCACAAUAAUAAGUCCUACUGAAUUGAGUGGGGUCUUACUCCCAGGUACGUUGAGUACUGCAACGUACUGCAGCCUAAAUCUAGAUCUAACCCAACAUGUUCAAAAUUACGUGACUACAUAAAGACUACCAUAAGGUUACCAGAUGUCCCUGUUUCCCGGGGACAGUCCCUGGAUUUACAGCUUUCUCAGCAUUCACAUGUAUGUAGCGAACAAUAAGUGUCCCCAGAUUCACUGAUUAUUUUUUUUGUAACCUUAGACUACCACCAGCCUGGUAAAUAUUUCUUGUAGGUAAAGGAUGGAGAACUUCUGGCUCUCCAGUUUUUCUGGACUCCAAGUCCCAUCAGCUGCAGCCAGUGUGGCCAAGGGGGGGAGUUGCAGCCCAACUCUGUCUGGAGGGGAAGGCGAACACUUCCUUUCUGCACCAGUUAAAUUUAGAAACUUGGAUUGCAAGACUUUGAGGCACUGUGCUUUCUUUUUUCUUUUUUAAAAAACAGAUUUAAUUCUGUCCACGUCGAAUGAGUCUUUCUAUGUUUCCAGCAGCUCUUUUUUUUAUAUGUAAGUCGCCUUGAGUCCCAUUAGAGGGAAAGGCGGGGUAGAAACAUAUGGAUACGGACGAGGAUGGUCAGGAUAUGCAAGAGGUUCCGCGUGCACACAGCGCCCUCUAGUGGCCCGCGGGCAGGAGCCGCACGCGGCAGCGCCCCCCGUUUCAAAGGCCGCGGGGCCAGAGGCUGGCGCCCUCUGCUGGAAGCAGCUGGAAGCGCCGCCGCCGCUGGCCUUGCUGGGCGCGCGCGGAGGCGGCUCCGCCGAGCGGGAGAAAAGGAGGCGCGCGAAGCAGGUGAGCCGCGGCGAAGGGGGGCUGGUUCCGAAGCCACGGCUUUCCUGGGCAGAUCUGCGGGGGGGCAGAGCAAAAGGGAAAUGAAGACGAAAACCCUCGGUUUGCUUUGGAGAAAUAAAAAGGUGAAGGCUUCCCAAAGCGGCCGAGAGACGCGCCUUUGAGCAUGUGCAGAGUCCCCUUCGAGCCGCGUUUUGCAGGCGGGACUAGGCGGGCUCCUUCCCCGGCGGGCAAACGCCAAGAGACCCCGCGAGUCCCACGCGGCUUCUCGUCCCUUGGGCUCCCUGCUGGUCUGUCCCCGGAAAGUGGGUCCCUUGCGGGCUGUCCUCGGCGUCGCUCCUGGGCUGUCCUGGAUAGAUGCACAAUGCCUCUUCCUCGACACGGAGUGGCCACGAUGAGUCUUUGUAGCCUCCGGAGGUUUUGACUCCAGCUCGCAUCAGCCCAGCCGGGAUCCAGCCUGAUUAUGGAGUGUCAGAUAAAGCCAAAAUAAAGAGCUCAGAAAAAGGAGAAGGGUCCUCGCACCCAGGGGACCCCCUUUGCAAUAGACCCCCCUCAACAAAUGUCUUCACAAGUCAUCUGCGGAAAAGAUACCUUUGACACGAUCUCCCGUUUUCUCUUUUAUUGAAGAACAGGAUAUUUUAGUGCCGCCAUCAUCACAGAGGUGUCUGUGGAGGGGAUAUAUUGAAUGAAAAUGCAUUGUAUUGUAACUUUUGAAUAAAUGUGGGGGGAAAUGGGAAAAUGGUUAAAUACAUUUCUGUCUCUAUCAACCCUGAUAUUUCUCUAUUGGAAAACGUUGUGAUAGAUGCAAAACCCAAACAUUUCUUGCUUUAGCUCUUUAGAGGAAAGCUUAUGUGUAGCUAGGAGAGGGGAGAUUUGAACUACUUGUUUAUAUUUUGUAAAGCAAUGAGUUAUCCAGAAAUCCUGUCCUUAAAUUAACUUUAGUUUCUUCACAUGCCUCUUCAUGAUUCAGUUUAUGGGAGAGAAGCUGAGACUGAUUCCAGGAAUUCUACACUGGAGAAGGGACAGUGUGCAGUAAACAAUUCUUGCUUUAGAGGCACAAGUGGGGGAGCCAGAACUUGGUUCAAAGUGCACACUGUUGCAACACUGCCAUAAAUAUUUAUAGAGGUGGAAUUCAGCUGAAUCAUUGCCAAAGUGCAGACUUCUCCAUCCAUAAAUUAAAUAACGACAUGUUCUGGUUUUUGGAUUUUUUAAAAAGAAAAUAGUUUGGGAUGAAUUUGCCACUUACUAUGUUUUCCCCAAAACAAUUACAUCUCAUUCCAUUUAUUAAAUAGCCAGCCUUCUGUUUUGCCUGCACACAUUCUCAAAGGAAUCAUCCCAUGUUGCUUGUUCUGAUCAUCUCAUUUACAAGAUAGCCGCUUUCAGGGGGCAAUGGAUGGUCCUCAUCUCCCCCGCUGGAAUCCAAGCAAGUCUUAUUCCACAACCAUUGCAUCUCCUAAUAUCCCCAUUGCUUCUAAGUUGGCACUGAAAGGCCAACUUACAUUAUUUAGAGCCAGUGCUAAAUCCAGCCUACCACUUGCAGAUCCCUAGUCAUGGUUUGUGGAACAAGGAGGAGACCAUGUUUGGAUGACCAAAUCCUGUCUAAGCAGGAUGUGCACACACUUCAGGCAGAUUAACAGUGCAAAAAUAUGGGUUGGUAUUUUGAUGCUGACAACAUUGUAUGGAUGUUGUGAAAAGCUUGUUUGCUUGAGCAAGACUGAUCCCACAAUAAGCAGCCAUCCAGAGGUACCGCAGGGUUGCUGGCUGUAUAUUAUGAACAACUUGGCUUUGGUGAAACAUUGCUGUGUUCCCCAAGAGAUAUCUAGACACAUUUAAUUAUUUGGCUCUUCUGUAAGUAUUAGGGUGCUCUACCCAAUAAAAGGUGCUUUUGGUUGUAAUUUAAGAGUCAGAGUUGUAUACUGAUACUUAUCUAAAAUGUAAUGAGUUGGGAGUGUGCUUUGCCACUAGAUAGAUUGAUAGAUAGAUAGUGGUUUUACCAUAUGAUAUCACUAGAUACAAAAGUGUGGGAGAAAGAUCCUAGAAUCACUUGUAGAUGGAGAGAUUGUGGCAACCAGAGAAAUCCUCUGAAUUGCAUUGGGAAGGGGGGGCAUGGAGAUAAUGCGCCACGAAGCAAAUGGGUUCUACUGUGUAGAAGGGUAUGGAGCUGCAAAAUGUCUUGCUGGAAAUCUAUGUAUCUAUACAUGUCUGUAAGUUUUAUUUUAUUUUAAAGGAGUUUCAGUCUGCCAUUUUUCUUCUCAGGUAUUUUCUUAUUUGAAAAUGAAUUUUACAGCUGAAGACGUUUCCUUUUCAAAGGUGACCGUUGCCUUCUUUACGGUGGCUUCCAUUUUAAUUUCUAUACGAAUUUUUAUGAAGAGCAAGCAACCUCGGCCCCCAGGACCUUGGUCUCUGCCAAUUGUGGGGAAUCUUCUCCAGCUGGGAGAGUAUCCCUACAUUUCAUUUGAGCGCAUGCGGAAGAAAUACGGAGAUGUGUUUCAGAUAAAGCUGGGAAUGGUACCAGUCGUGGUAGUUAAUGGACUGGAUGCAGUGAAACAGGUGCUGCUUAGAGAUGGGGAGAGUUUUGCUGCCCGACCUGACAUGCACACCUUUUCUUUUUUUGCUGAUGGAGAGAGCCUGUCAUUUUCUGUGAAGUACGGAGAAAGCUGGAAGCUUCAGAAGCAAAUUGCCAGCAAAGCUUUAAGGUCACUCACCAAAUCAGAAGCCACGUCUUCCACUUGCUCUUGUCUGCUCGAAGAGCAUGUUUGUGCUGAAGCUUUGGAACUGGUGAAAACCUUCGUGGAGCUCUCCAAACAGGCUGGUAGCUUUGACCCUGCUGCCUCCACUACCUGUGCAAUUGCAAAUGUUGUCUGUGCCCUCUGCUUCAACAAAAGGUAUGACCACGAUGACGAGGAGUUUCAAGGCAUGCUUAAGGUAAACGAUGAUUUCAUAAAAGCAUCAGGUGUCUUCAAUCCAGCUGAUUUUAUACCAUCCCUUCGUUACCUCCCGCUUCCUGCUGCAAAGGCUGCUCGAGAGUUUUAUAGGAAGUUCAACAACUUUGUUGCAAAACGUGUAGAAGACCACUACACCACAUACGAUAAGGUAAGCUUUCAGCUGUGGAGGCGGAAAACACUGGGGGUGGGGGUGGGGGUGGUUCUUCAGGUAGCAUGACACUUAUCUAACCAAAGCAUGGCAGGAGAUCACGCCUGCCAAAAACAUUGAAAGGGUGAAUACAGGAAUGCAGAAUCUUUCUGUUCAAACACUGCAUUUCUACAGUUUGUGGCAGAGUAGAAUGGCAACUUAGAUCACAUUUCUCAUAUUAACAUUCCUAACAUUCCAGACAUGUGGAAGGUUGACAUGUGUUUUAAUCUAGUUUUCUGCUUAUCAUUGAUUUUAAUCACUUUUGAAUGUUGUAAACAGCUGUUUUAAAAAUAAUUACAUUUUUUCCGUAAACCACUUUGAGGAUUUAUUACAGUCAAGUGGUAUAUAAAUCUUUUAUUUCCUGGACAUGCAAAUAUGCUAUCUAGUUUCUCUAACAGCUAAAGCAUACUAGUUUUCAAUGAAAUAUUUUUAAAAUUAUUUUUAAAAUUCUGAUCUUCUUAAAAAAAUGAAAUGCAUUGUAAUGAAGUGGCUCCCCAAAUGAAAACAACUUAGUUAAAGAAAACUCAAAUUAAAAUUAAAAACGCAUUACAAAUGGAGCAGUAGCAAUUAAAAGAAAAAAUAGAAGCAACAGGGCAGAGAAAAACAAGAGGCAGCAAAUCAGUUGGGCUUAAAAACCUCAAAGAGCCAGGUGUAAACUAGACACUCAAAGAGCAAAACACUGGAGCCCCACAACCAAAAUGGUUGCACUUCAUAUGGGGAAGGAUUCCCUGCCCCACCACUUGGGUUCCUAAACCAUGUAGGGCUGUAAAAGUAAGAAUCAGCAUCUUGAUUUGAGCCUAGAAAGUAAUAGACUAUGCAGAUGAUGGGAAGUUGGAGUAGGAUGCUGUGUAUGACUGUUGGUAGAUGCUAAUUGGGCAAUAGCAUUUUGCAGCAGUUGAUGCAAAAUUGUACCUCCAAAAACUGCCAUUAGCUCUGGAGGGGAGACUGCACAGGCACAUGCUGGUGUCUGUAUCCCUGGCCACCCCCACCCCCCAUCUCCACCCCCUGGAGUUCUGGGAUACUGAUUUUGUAUCAGGAAAUCUGAGGAGGGGGAAUGUUGCAUAUCAGUUCUUGGCUCAAAAAACAUACCAAAGUACUGUGUCCAGUUCUGGGCAACACAAUUUAAGGAGGAUAUUGACAAGCUGGAAUGUGUUCAGAGGAGGGCAAGCAAGAUGAUCAAGGGUCUAGAAACUCUACGAUUCUAUGAUACCUGCUCCAGAGACUAGGACCUGAAUCAAUGGCUUCAAGUUACAAGAAAGGAGAUUCCUACUAAACAUCAGGAAGAAAUAUCUGAUGGCAAGAGGUUGUCAAGCAGAGGUUGGAUGGCCAUCUGUCAUGGAUGAAUUAAUUGAGAUCCCUGUGUUGCAGAGGGCUGAUCAAGAUGACCUUCAGGAUCCUUUCCAACUCUACAAUUCUGUUUCUGUGUGCAUUGUAAGGGGAAACAUGUUGAAAUGCACAUUUUUAUGUACGGUGGUACCUCUGGAUAUGUACACCUCCAGUUGCGUAUCCUUCAGGAUGCAAAUGCAGCAAACCCGGAAGUAUUUUUCUGGGUUUCACUGCACGUGCAUGCGCAGAAGCACUCUACCAUGCUGCACGCAUGCACAGAAGCGGCACCUCCGGUUGCAAAUUCCUCGGGAUCCAACCAGAGCUCCGGAAUGGAUCCCAUGCACAACUGGAGGUACCACUGUAGUUUAAAACAGAAGUCACAGAUUAAUGUGACUUCUGUCCAGCCUUAUGUGAGAUUGGGAGAAGAUAACACUUGUACUGUCAAGAGAAAUACCAUUAGCAGCAUUCUUUUGUGUGUAUUGACUUGGCAGUAAAUUCCUGUGACUUUAAUGUUGCUUAGGCCAAUAGCUUGCUAUGAAGUCAGGCUGGGAUUGUUGCCUAAGGAAUUUAUCACUAUGCUUGACAUUAUUAACAGCUGAUACUUGCUGCUUUCUUUUCCAAAAUAAAUUUUGUCCUAAGAGUCUGAAGCCCUUGAUUUGGCUGGGAGGGGAAAAAACAAGAUAGACUCGUUAUAUGUAGGAUUAAACAAAUUGUAGCUUGCCAAGUAAAAAGUGAUUGGUUGAAAAUAGCAUCAAGGGUUUUGUUUGUUUCCUUUAGAACCAUCUCAGAGACAUCACAGAUGCCCUCAUUAGUGUUAGCAAUGAAAAAAGAGAGGAUGGGAAAGCUGCAGCUUUAUCUCAGCAGAAAAUAAUAGUUACAGUCAAUGACAUUUUUGGGGCUGGUAAGUAUGGAACAUUUUUGCCACUCUGAGUUUUUAAACAUGACCCUUAAAACACAGCUGCCUGCUGUUGACAGCUGAUCUUUUAGGUGAAGAGCAGGUGAAAUUUUUGUAGGCACCAUAUAAAGGCUUCUAUCUUUGUUGGUGGAUAGACUUAGUGUGACUUAAAAUUCAUGAGAUUUUUAAAAAGUAUACAUUAACUAAUUGUAUUUUUUUUUAAAUAAAAUAUUUAUUGAAGUUUAGACAUUGCAAAAAAACAGAAGAGAAACAAGAGAAAAAUAUAAGCAAUAAACAAUUACAAAACCUCAAAGACAAAAAUAAAUACAGUAGUACAAAACAUCAACAAUACAAAAAAAGAGGGGGGAAAACCCAAAAAAGAACAAACAAACAUACAGAAGAACCACAUGUUUUCAUAUCCUUAUCUUUCAUUUGCUUAUUUCCUCGACUUCCUCACACCUCCUUUUUUGUAUUCUAGUUCAAUUAAAUAUUCCAGCAAGUCCUUUCCCUCUUUCACAAAUUUAGUUCCAUAAUUUAACUUAACGCAAUUGUAAACUUAAAUUUACCUCUUUACCCAAUAUCAAUCUAUUCAUACUUAAUUCUUUAUAAUAUUUCUACUAAAGUCAUAUAACUUCUUUCCAGCAUCUUUCUAACAUUCAUUAAUUUUAGAAUAUUUCUGUAAAUAAGCUUUGAAUUUUUUCCAAUCUUCUUCCACCGACUCUUCUCCCUGGUCUCGGAUUCUACCAGUCAUUUCCGCCAAUUCCAUGUAAUCCAUCAGCUUCAUCUGCCAUUCUUCCCUGGUGGGUAGGUCUUGUGUCUUCCAGUGCUUUGCAAUGAGUAUUCUUGCUGCUGUUGUAGCAUACAUGAAAAAACUCUGUCCUUCUUUGGCACCAAUUGGCCCACCAUGCCCAGGAGAAAGGCCUCUGGUUUCUUUAAGAAGGUAUAUUUAAAUACCUUUUUCAUUUCAUUAUAGAUCAUCUCCCAGAAUGCCUUAAUCUUUGGGCAUGUCCACCAGAGGUGAAAGAAAGUACCUUCAGUUUCAUUGCAUUUCCAACAUUUAUUAUCAGGCAAAUGAUAAAUUUUUGCAAGCUUGACUGGUGUUAUGUACCACCUGUAAAUCAUUUUCAUUAAAUUCUCUUUUAAGGCAUUACAUGCCGUAAACUUCAUACCAGUGGUCCAUAACUGUUCCCAGUCAGCCAUCAUAAUAUUAUGUCCAACAUCCUGUGCCCAUUUAAUCAUAGCAGAUUUCACCAUUUCAUCCUGAGUAUUCCAUUUCAAUAGCAAGUUAUACAUUCUUGACAAAUUCUUAACUUUAGGGUCUAACAAUUCUGUUUCCAACUUUGAUUUUUCCACUUGAAAACCUAAUUUUUUGUCCUGAUUAUAUGCCUCCAUUAUUUGAUAAUAAUGGAGCCAAUCUCGCACUCUGUUUUUUAAUUUUUCAAAGCUCUGUAAUUUUAAUCUGUCACCCUCUUGUUCCAAGAUUUCCCAAUACUUCGGCCAUUUGGCCUAACUAACUGUAGACCUCUUGCCCAGUGUCUUCUGUGUAGAUGGAUUUUGUGUCAUUGUCAACAUGGACAAACUUUAGCAAAGUGUGUUAAUUUUUUCCAACACCUAAAAUAUGGAAUUGGUUUCACUCCCUAAAAUGGAACUCAACAUAAUCCAUUUUAACGUUUGAUAGGAAAGUACAGUUUGACUGAACAUUUUCUUGGACCAUUGCAAGGGGUAGAAUUGCAAAAUUGACUGUCAAACUGGGACUGGUUGUAAAUUUCAGCAAAAAUGGAUCUGUGACCUGAUUUAGGCAUUUGGCUAAAUAAAAUUAUGGCCAGAAAUUGAGGACCUGAUGACAAAAACUCCACCCUACAAAGCGUUGCAACUGUGGGGAACAGAAGCGUUGAGUUGUGCCCAACAUUAGGGGAGUCCGUCACGCAUGCGUGAUGUCACAUGCACGCCAUCCCUCCCACCCGACUCAGCCCACCGCCCACCACCUUACCUUUUGAAAGGCACUCUGGCCAUUGUGUGUCUGGCAAAGACAGCCCUGGCAGAAGAUGCGCAUGGUUGUGGGAUUUUGAGGGUGCCCAGCCCCCUUCUUGAAAAUUUUGCGGGUCCUCGGCCCCCGUUACAGAGCACGCCUGGUGGGGAAAAUGCUCGUGCAGGCAUGGAAAUAUCCAGGACCUGGAUUUAAGUGAACCAUUAGCAAUUACCAGUAGUACCAAAACAUGUCAAAUCAUAACUAUCUAGUCAAUUUUAUAUGGAAAUGUAUGGAUGUAUGUAUUCCAUACAUUCGUGAUGGAAUAUCUCUUGGGAUUUGUGCAUUAUGCCUACAACGGAUUUCAGCAUAUAGAAAUACCAAAGUGUUGUUUGCAGAAUAAUAAUUUAACCACAACAUAUCCUGACACUUCUUUUAUUUUGUAGGCUUUGCUACACUGUCAGUAUGUUUGCAAUGGAUAUUUCUGUACCUGAUAAGCAAUCCGGAAAUUCAAACGAAAAUUCAAGAAGAAAUUGGUAAUGUUCUUGAUUAAAUUGAUUAAAUGGAAAAUUGAAGCAAUCCUGUGAAGCACAUUGCUUGAAACAUGUUCCAUUUUGUUCUGUGCAGAUGCAAAGAUUGGAGAAAGACCAUCAAGGUUUAAAGAUCGAAAAGUUCUGCAUUACACAGAAGCUUUCCUUCAUGAAAUAUUUAGGCACGCCUCCUUCCUGCCCUUCACUAUUCCUCACUGGUAAGAAGCAGAGUUGGAGGGUGGUUUUGUUUCAAAGUUCUGCUCAUAUGACUACUUCAUGUUUUGCAUGGUGCUGCCAACACAGACAGAACUGCCAAGUUACCUUAACUGACCGCAUGGAAUAGUUAGCACUCUGCCCUCCCUUCCCUAACUUCCCAUCACUGGAUUCUGCCUUAACACUGGGGCUUGACCACAGAAGUAAUAUUCCAGAUAAUUUUUGCCAUAAUCAAUUGAAUUCUGUGUCCAGUAGAGUACUGAAGAAAGAAGUGUCUUAUUUUAUGAGGAGUUUCCCUAGCUUAUAGGUAAAAGAUGUGGCUUAGGAUAUUUGUCCACCCUGUUACAGUUCCCUUAGAUCCCCUAGCCAUCCCCCAAUACUAUAAUGCUCUUAGCCCUAAAGUGACCAAUUGCAAGAAAGCCACUCAGGCAGAACUGUUUAAAAUUCACCACCAGCACCACCAAAAAAGAUUUAUUUGUUUAAAUGGCCUAUAUUUAUUUGUAAAUAAAACACAUCAAUUAACAAAUAAUAAUGCAGGGGUUGGACAUCUUUAAUCAAACAAUUUGAAGAAAAAAUGAGUGCCACCCAAAUUCAAAAUCCACCAGGAUGAGAGUGGAUCUUGUGCUUUCCCGGCUGAGCUGGGACUCAGCCAGAGAUAUGCUAGCAAAGUCCAUUACCUCAGCUCAGCUGACAGUAUUUAAGCCACCCAAAAUGGGGUGGGAGCAGGAAGAGAGACUUGCACCAAUUCAAAAUCAAUUUUGUCAUGUGACUUAGCAACCUUUAGGAACUUAGCAAAUUUAUAAACAAGAUUAAGUGGGAGAGUGAAAUUUGAGGAUGAAAGCAAGAACGUGGGAGAAUCAGUCGGUCUUGUAAGCUGCCUUAUAAACUUAUUCUCUGGGAGCCUCGCCAAGAACCAAGCUACAUUCUGGAUCUCCUGAUGUUUUCAACUUUUUACUUUAAAGUAGAGUUUGGGAGGAGGCAGCGCUGAAUCACCCUCCCCACCCAGAUCUCUGCUGUUAGCCCUCUCAGGCAAAAACUCCACAGGUGCAUGACUGAAGCUUUGAGGGCAGUUUAGCUGGAGAAAAUGUUCAUGUUCAGAAUUCAGAAAAGCUGUGCUAAGGUGAAACCCAAAAUGCUUCAGGAGAUGUAAGCAUGGAAUGCCUGCACUACAAACAGGGCAAAAUAAGAAACCAUUGCUCAGCUCAAAUGAAAAACGGGUUGUGGGGUGUAUUUCUUCUUUCGUUCAUCUUGUUUUAUUUUAACAAUGAAUAAGGAAAACAGUAUUUCAUUCACAUGAAACGUUCCAUGACAUUUGGAAAGCUCUUAAAUCCCCAACUGGAGAAGCCAAGAUCUGUAAUGCUGGUACAUAACAACAUAACAUCUAAGUGACCCUUUAUGCCAGCAGUGAUGGACCCAGGCCAUUCUUGGUGGUUCCUUUUGUUUGUACCAUGACAAUCGUAGCAGGAAGUGUACAUCAGUGUGGAGCAAUCCUAAAUUAUAUUUCUGAAAGGUGGGGGCCACGGGUUGAUCUCUCACCACUAUCUGUAGAUUGCUGUGAAGCUGUUGUGCAGCUCCACAUAUCAGUGUUGAACAAAAGUGAUGUGUAUGCGCUUGUGUGUUUGUUUCCAGUACCACCAAAGAUGCCACUCUGAAUGGGUACCAUAUUCCCACAAAGACUUGUAUCUUCGUUAAUAUGUAUCAAGUGAAUCAUGAUGAGUAAGUAACAAUACUAUUUUUAAGAAAAGGCAUUAUAGUCAGGGUUUGUUUCUUUCUUGUGUCUGCCGUGCAUAAGCUUGGAACGUAGGGUGGACAGGGUGUGACGGAGAGGGACUUGUCUUGGGGGCAUGAUGCAUUUCUGAGCAUGGCAGGUAGAAGCUCCUAUUGGACCAUUGGGCAGUAACACACACCUGGUCUCCGAGCAGAGACAUCCCUGCUGCUUUCCAGGCAGAGAGUGGAAGAGGAGAGGGGGCAGGGAAGUCAGUGCUGUGUGGUUAGACUGGCAGGAGUGCCACGUUGGCUGAACUAGUGCACUGGCAACCCCAUCCAACCAUCUUAGCAGCUGGCAACUGUGCCACUACCAGGAGGCAAGGUGCACAGUGACGUCCCUCCAUGCUGGCUGCUCUUGACUCCCACCUUGUGGCCUCUUGUCAGUGGAAGCCAUGCAUCUUCCCUGUUUGGUUGCUAUCAGGGAUUACCUUUGCUUGUUAGGGAUAGUGCCUGUGUCCUCUCUGGUUGCAGCACUGCAAGACCUCCUCUCCCAGCAACACAAGGGGCAUUUCAAGCACCUCCCAAUACAGGGGAGGGCAACCAUUUUUCUCUUGGGGGCAAUCUGUUAGAGGACAUCAGUGGGUCAAAGGCAGUGGUGAGCAGGACUGAAACCGAAUGCUUUCUCUCUUUCUGAGCCCAUCUCUCUGUGCCCCACUGAUAGGAACAUUGGAAGGUGCUUUAUACCCAACUGCUCCAUCGACUUCAGUAUUGUCUACAGAAGGGCAACCAUUGGUUGUCCAGAUGUUGUUGAACUACAACUCCUGCGAGCCCAAACAAGCAGUGGCCUCGGAUGACGGAAGUUGUAGUUCAUCAACAUCUGGAGGGCCAGAGUUUCCCAACACCUGCUCUACACUGACUGGGAGCAGCUCUCCAAGCACAUUCCCAGCACUACCUGUUGGGGAUUGAAUUGGGGACCAUCUGCAUGCAAGAAGUGCUCUGCCACUCUCCUGUGACACCUGCCUUUAUGUGUAUAUCCCAUGGAUGAAUCAUAGAAUCAUAGAGUUGGAAGAGACCACAAGGGCCAUCGAGUCCAACCCCCUGACAAGCAGGAAACACCAUCAGAGCACUCCUGACAUAUGGUUGUCAAGCCUCUGCUUAAAGACCUCCAAAGAAGGAGACUCCACCACCCUCCUUGGCAGCAAAUUCCACUGUCGAACAGCUCUUACUGUCAGGAAGUUCUUCCUAAUGUUUAGGUGGAAUCUUCUUUCUUGUAGUUUGGAUCCAUUGCUCCGUGUCCGCUUCUCUGGAGCAGCAGAAAACAACCUUUCUCCCUCCUCUAUGUGACAUCCUUUUAUAUAUUUGAACAUGGCUAUCAUAUCACCCCUUAACCUCCUCUUCUCCAGGGUAAACAUGCCCAGCUCUCUUAGCCGUUCCUCAUAAGGCAUCGUUUCCAGGCCUUUGACCUUUUUGGUUGCCCUCCUCUGGACACGUUCCAGUUUGUCAAUGUCCUUCUUGAACUGUGGUGCCCAGAACUGGACACAGUACUCCAGGUGAGGUCUGACCAGAGCAGAAUACAGUGGCACUAUUACUUCCCUUGAUCUAGAUGCUAUACUCCUAUUGAUGCAGCCCAGAAUUGCAUUGGUUUUUAGCUGCUGCGUCACACUGUUGGCUCAUGUCAAGUUUGUGGUCAACCAAGACUCCUAGAUCCUUUUCACAUGUACUGCUCUCAAGCCAGGUGUCCCCCAUCUUGUAUUUGUGCCUCUCAUUUUUUUGCCCAAGUGCAAUACUUUACAUUUCUCCCUGUUAAAAUUCAUCUUGUUUGUUUUGGCCCAGUUCUCUAAUCUGUCAAGGUCGUUUUGAAGUGUGAUCCUGUCCUCUGGGGUGUUAGCCACCCCUCCCAAUUUGGUGUCAUCUGCAAAUUUGAUCAGGAUGCCCUUGACUCCAUCAUCCAAGUCGUUGAUAAAGAUGUUGAAUAAGACCGGGCCCAAGACAGAACCCUGUGGCACCCCACUAGUCACUCUUCUCCAGGAUGAAGAGGAACCAUUGAUGAGCACCCUUUGGGUUCGGUCAGUCAGCCAGUUACAAAUCCACUGAGUGGUAGCAUAGUCAAGACCACAUUUUACCAGCUUCUUUACAAGAAUAUCAUGAGGCACCUUGUCAAAUGCCUUGCUGAAAUCAAGGUAGGCUACAUCCACUGCGUUCCCUUCAUCUACCAGGCUUGUAAUUCUGUCAAAAACGAGAUCAGGUUAGUCUGACAUGACUUAUUUUCAGAAAUCCAUGCUGACUAUUAGUGAUCACAGCAUUCCUUUCUAGGUGCUCACAGACUGUUUGCUUAAUGAUCUGCUCCAGAAUCUUCCCUGGUAUUGAUGUCAGACUGACUGGGCGGUAAUUAUUUGGGUCCUCUCUUUUCCCCUUUUUGAAAAUAGGGACAACAUUUGCCCUCCUCCAGUCUGCCGGGACUUCGCCUGUUCUCCAGGAAUUCUCAAAGAUGACUGCCAGUGGUUCUGAGAUCACAUCUGCCAGUUCUUUUAAUACUCUUGGAUGCAGUUCAUCUGGCCCUGGAGACUUGAAUACAUCUAAACUAGCCAAGUAUUCUUGUACUAUCUCCUUAGUUAUUCUGGGCUGUGUUUCCUUUGCUGAAUCAUUUGCUCCAAAUUCUUCAGGUCGGGCAUUGUUUUCUUUAUCGGAGAAGACUGAGGCAAAGAAGGCAUUGAGGAGUUCAGCUCUUUCUGUGUCCCCUGUUUGCAUUUCACCAUCUUCUCCUCUGAGUGACCCCACUGUUUCUUUGUUCUUCCUUUUGCUACGGACAUACCCAUAAAAGCCUUUUUUGUUGCUUUUAAUCUCUCUAGCAAGCCUGAGUUCAUUCUGUGCUUUAGCUUUUCUGACUUUGUGUCUACACGUGCUGGCUAUUUGUUUGAAUUUUUCUUUGGUGGUUUCCCCCCUUUUCCAUUUUUUUGUACACAUCCUUUUUUAAUCUUAACUCAGUUAAAAGUUUUUUAGAUAGCCACCCUGGCUUCUUUAUGCACCUUCCAUGUUUCCGUCUCAUUGGUAUUGCCUGAAGUUGUGCUUUUACUAUCUCCCUCUUAACAAACUCCCAGCCAUCAUGAACUCCCUUUCCUUUUAGUAUUACUGUCCAUGGGAUCUCACCCAGCACUUCCCUAAGUUUUAUGAAGUCAGCUUUCUUAAAGUCAAGAAAUUGAGUCCUAGUAUGCUUGGGUGCUCCUUUCCGCUGUAUAGUAAACUUCAGAAGAGCAUGAUCACUCGCGCCUAAUGAUCCUUCCACUUCUACCCCACUAACCUGGUCAUCAACAUUGGUUAGGACCAGAUCUAAAAUGGCUGUUCCUCUUGUUGCUUCUCCCACUUUCUGGACAAUGAAGUUGUCUGCAAGGCCAGUGAGGAAUCUGUUUGACCUUAUGCUCUUGGCUGAGUUUGACAUCCAACAAAUAUCCAGGUAAUUGAAGUCCCCCAUUACUACUAUCUCCCUUCCUUUUUGCAUGCUUGGCCAUCUGUUCCAGGAAGGCAUCAUCUAUGUCCUCCGUUUGACUUGGGGAUCUAUAGUAAACUCCCACAAUGAGGUCACUGUUAUUCUUCUCUCCCUUAAUUUUGACCCAAAUGCUCUCACUUUGGCUUUGAGGUUCUAAAUCUUGGAUCUCUUCACAGGUAUACACAUCCCUGACAUAUAACGCCACUCCUCCUCCUUUCUUGUCUGGUCUGUUUCUCUGAAAUAGAUUGUAUACCCCCAUUAUUACAUUCCAAUCGUGGGACUUAUCCCACCAGGUUUCAGUGAUGCCUAUUAUGUCAUAUUUUGUUUGCUGUACCAAGAGCUCAAGCUCAUCUUGUUUAUUUCCCAUGCUUUGCGCAUUAGUGUACAGACAUUGAAGUCUAUUAAUCAUUCCCCCGUGACUCUUAUUUAAGGAUUUUUUCCUCCCACCACUAGGUCUGUGUGCUGUUUGCUCCAUUUGGUCUAUGACAUUUGGAUGAUCAUCUUCAUCAAUUGAUAGACUCCUACCUUCAGGAGCACUGUCUCCCUCCCCUACAUUAGACAGUCUACCGCCCUCCUGAUGAGGUUUCUGAGAAUUUUGGCAAAAACAUUCCUCCCAACCGUUGUGAGGUGCAGCCCAUCGCUUGCCAGAAGUCCAUCUUCAAGAAACUGCAGUCCGUGAUCUAAGAAUCCAAACCGUUCCUGUUUACACCAUUUGCGAAGCCAGCUGUUCACUUCCACUAUUUUCCCCUCUCUCCCUGGGCCACGUCGUUCAACUGGGAGGACAGAUGAGAUCACAAUUUGUGCAUUUAAUUGCUUCAAUUUCCUGCCCAGAGCCUCGUAGUCUCUUUUGAUCUUCUGGAGGCUAUUGCUUGCAGUGUCAUUGGUUCCCACAUGAACCAAGAGGAAGGGGUAUUUGUCAGUGGGUUUUAUGAUUCCUUGCAGUCGUUCAGUUACAUCUUGGAUCUUAGCCCCGGGAGACAGCACACUUCCCGAGACAUCUUGUCAGGCCCACAGAUCACUGCUUCUGUUCCCCUCAGUAGGGAAUCCCCUAUCACCACUACACGCCUCCUCUUAGGUUUGGUCGGGGUUCUUCCGUGAGCUGUCCGCUCCAAGGUCGCCUGCACAUUCCCUGAGGACUGACUUUGCUGCUCGUCUUCAUAUACCUGAUCGACUGUAAUGAGGGAGAGAUCCUCAAAUGGAGUCUGCUCUUCGUCUUCCAUGCUAGGGGAGAGGACCUCAAAGCGAUUGUGUAUUUCUAAACAAUCAGAGCGAACCCUGGGCCUCCUACUUCUUUGAGUCACGUUUCUCCAUAUAUCUGGCUCUAGUGUUGGUGAACUAGCGUCCUUCUCAGGGGAGUCCCCUGUCUCCUCCUUGGUGGAGACGGUGUGCUCUGUUGCUUCCAAGAAGAGCUCCAGCUCUCUAAUUCUUUGGAGCGUAGCUACACGUUCCUCCAGUUGCUGGACUUUGUCUUUUAAGAGGGCAAUCAACAUGCAAUUGCUGCAGGUAAAGCUGCCUGCAACCUUUGGCAAGAUGGCAAACAUUGCGCAGGAACCGCAGGCGACUGCAGCUGUUCCCCCCCCUCCAUCUUGAGAACGUGUCGUUGGGGGUGGGUACAGCGGUCCUCCAUCAUAAAAAGCGUGAAGACAGGAAAAAUAACUCCCCCCACAAAAAAAACCUAGGUCUCCCCCAACAAACGUUUGAGUCUAGCUCCCCUAAAUCUAAAAGAUGGAUCGAACUGUGCGCGCCACUGCCCUGCAAGCUCUGAUAAGCUCCUCCCACAGCUAAUCACCUGCCUCAACAGAAAACCUGCCCCCUCUGACCUUUGCACAGGGAGAACAGCUAAUCAGCCACAAAGAAACACACACACACACAAGAAAACCCUUUUUGCUCCUUCUUCAACUGCUGCCCUGGGUGACCUAAUCUCUACUUCCUGUUUGCUUUUGAGUCUUUUCAUCAAAUAAAGCUUAAGACUUUUAUCAGUUCCAUUUCAAAUUCAUCUCUGCCUCCACAAGGGACAUUGUUUUUUUUCCGUUUUAAAAGUGGGCUUCCAAAAAUUUGAAUUAAAAAUCUCAGUGGAAUAUUGCUUUCUUCAUUGCUUAGGUGUGGCUAAAUUAUGUGAAGCAUAACUUAAAUUAAGUGUCCUACAUUGACUAUAGCAGCCAGCUUUGCUUCUUGUAGGAGUUGGGACCUCUAAAAUAUGGUGUGUUCCCCCCUUUUCACAACAGAUCUUUAUGGGAAGACCCUUACUUGUUUAAACCAGAAAGAUUUCUGAAUGUAAAUGGAGAGCUCAACAAGAGCUUGGCUGAGAAGGUAUUGAUCUUUGGAAUGGGAAUACGAAAAUGUUUGGGAGAAGAAGUCGCCCGCAAUGAAGUCUUUGUCAUCCUCACCACCAUCUUGCAGCAGCUGAGGCUGGAGAAACCUCCUGAAGAUCAUCUAGAUCUGAAUCCAAUUUACGGGCUGUCCAUGUCACCUAAACCAUACCGAAUUAAAGUAUUAUUGCGCACUUGAUUGUGAUGAGGGCAACAGCUUUGCUUUCAAAACUCAAUGAUAAUGCAGUAUGAACUAAUGCAGUGAGAACUAAUCCAUGAACCUUGUGCGACUAUAUUGCAUCUGUCAGGAGAACCAUGCUGGGUUCUUUGCUUAUUAUGAUUUUUUAAAAUCACUCUGAUGACAGGUAUGAGAUUAGCUAGAGAGUGAAUUUAAUCCAGGCUCUUCAUGAGCAAGUUGCCCAUAUAUCUUUGAUGUUUUGUCUUGCAGGGCAUAGAACUAUGGGAGGAGGGGACAUGCAGAUGAGUGAAAGGGUGAAAGGCUCUUCUGCAGUACCAAGACCCUGAGCUGGUGGAGGGAAUUGCUGCUCUUAACUGGGUCUCCCGACAGGGGAGCCAACUUGAAUAAAAUACUGUGGGGGCCCAGGUAAGCCCCACACCGCAUAAUUGAUCACACGAUGCAGUGCACACACACCAUUUGAAUGGGAAGGCCCAUCAACUUUGUGGAGGCCCCCUCAAAUAUUUUAUUGUGGGGGCCAAAGCCACCACAGCCCCUAGGCGUUGGCUCCUAUGUCUCCUGAUGUUACAUCUAAUGGCUUCUGUAAGAAGGUGACCCAGAGGUUUUUGAGCCCACAGCUUGAUGAACCACAUUCUUUCUGUGGCUCCCCUGUUGAAGCCACUUACACUGGGAUUCCAUUACAGGAAGUGGGGAUUUCCCCAUAAGAGAGAGAACGAAGCUAAGAAAUAAGGGGAAUGUGUAUCUAAGCAAAGAGAUGAAAGCGAGAGACUGUUCCCUAGCAUGUGAAAGAGGGCAGAGAAAGAGACUGAGAGAUCUUACUCUGGAAGGUAUUGGGCACCAUUCUGAAACCUGGUGCCUGUGCUGAGCUGAUGUCAGCUGCAGUUGAAACCAUCCGGGCAGCACCAGCUUGGGGAAGAGGUUGCAAGGUGUUCGGCCUCAGGACUCUUCUCCACCCUUGCCUUCUUCCUACCUUGCAGUUUUUCUCUGGAGAAAUAGCAGUAGCAAAUGGAUAUACUUCCCCACAUAAAAAAUCCAUUGCUCUUGUAACAAGGUAGCUGUAAACUGUUACCUAAACAACUUUCCAUGGUUUCGUUAUUGUUGCCAGAAUCGGUUAUGGCUGAUGCAAGGCUGUUGCUUCUUGCAUGCAUCUGACAACGUGCGCUUGGGUCCUCUAUAGGCUAGGCCCAGAGCUUUCCCCCCCAGGGGGUACUCAAAGAUACGCAGUACUAGCACGUAUUUUGUUGCUCCUGUUAAGAAGUGUGACGCUUAGUGUUAACAACUUCAUGGUGACUACUUGCACCUAUUUUUCUAGAAAAAAAAAGCACUGGUUGGGCCAAAUAAAAUUUUUAGAUUUUUGAGAUGCCACCAGUCUUGUCAUUAUUUUAAACUAUGUUUGCCUUAUUGUUUUACAUUAGUUCAUUGAACAACUGAUAGACAGCAGGGCCAGCUAUAUCUAUAAUGUAAGCCUAGGGUAUUCCACUAUUCUUAUGCGGGUAUUCUUAUGAGGCAAAAGCCAUUCACCUGGCCUGAACAAAAAGUUCAUUUAAAAAGCAAGUAGGUGGCAGAGGCAGUCACAAAACACAAUCUUUGACUUCAACCAGAAUGAAUGUGGAAAGAAUUUUCAAGAUUGCUUCUAAAAUAAAAUGUGUUGGCAGUUCUUUAUCCUCCUGAGGCUUGUUGAAUGCUUGAACCAGCCUUCCUCAACCUGCAGAUGUUUUGGACAACAGCUCUAAUCAUUCUUAAAUAAUCUCUAACAAGCUCUGUCUGUUUCCUUAUGCUCUGGUUUGGAUCACUGAGAUCGUCUGAUGGGGCACUUCUGGUGGUUCCCGAUGCCCAUGGAGUUUGAGUGGUCUUUACUAGGGACUGAGACUUUAGUGUGUCAGCCCUGCUCCGUGGAACUCCUUGCUAGUAGAGACUUGGCAAUUUUCAUUCCUGCUGCCUUUCGGAUGCCUUUUAAAAAUGAUUUUAGUCAGACCUUUGCCACGGGAAUUUCUUUUCACUAACCAGUAUUGAUGUUUUACCUGAUGUUUUUAUUGACAUUUUUAUUCUCCUUAUUGUAAUUCUGUAUGCUGUAUUCCACCUUCUGCCCUGCUGUGGAAGUGUAGUCUAUAAAUAUUUUAAUAAAUACACAAUUGACAAUGCUGGCUGUGGCUGAUGCGAAUUCUAAUUCAAAAGACCGGAUUGGGGGAAACUUGCCUAAGUUUAGGAAGGGGGUAGCAAUUUGGGUGGGGGAGGAAAGUUUGAGAAUAGCUUGUUCUCCAACUCCAAGGACAAUCCUUUUCAGAUCAGAGAUUUAUAUUCAUUCUCAGCAGACAGGGACUAAUAUCAAGAACAACUUCACAUUAAUUUUGAAAGGAAUGAGCUGAGAGCUUCAAAGUUCAAACUCAUGUUCCAUUUGUGUGAGCCUAGUUGGUGGGCAGGCUUCUUUCAGUCCACACUUGAAGCAGUAAUGCAGAAAAAGGAAAAUUCUGUUGCGAUUUUCUUGAAACAACAUAUUGAAACAACUUGAAUAUCUCUUACAGCAAGUUCUUUUCUCCAACUCAGCUGAACUCUUCUGCUUUUAAAUGCUUUUCUAUAUGCCCUGAGUGGUCACUGGAAGGACAGAUCAUGAAGCUGAGGCUCCAAUACUUUGGCAACCUCAUGAGAAGAGAAGACUCCCUGGAAAAGACCCUGAUGUUGGGAAAGAUGGAGGGCACAAGGAGAAGGGGACGACAGAGGACGAGAUGGUGGGACAGUGUUCUCGAAGCUACCAGCAUGAGUUUGACCAAACUGCGGGAGGCAGUGGAAGACAGGAGUGCCUGGCGUGCUCUGGUCCAGGGGGUCACGAAGAGUCGGACAUGACUAAACGACUAAACAACAACAACAACAUAUAUUUUUAGCUUAAUCUCCACUCCUGAGUUUCCUGCUUUGUUGAACUCCUGGCACUUAUCUUAACUGUCCCUGGAACUGUUGCAUUCGCUGUUUUGAAAAAUGUUGGGAAAAUAAUGUUUAUUACUUUGUACAUUAGAAACAGGCAUAUUUCAGUGGAUUUCUUUUCUUUCGUUGUUGUGUGGUUUGCAAUUUCACAUGAAGGCUCUCAUCUCUGCUAUACUUUCUGUGCUUAGAACAAUUUCUGUCCUUUUAGCAAAAUGGGUACAGUGCAUAUUUUCCUAACCAGCUUCAUUAAUUGAUCAGCCAAAAGCAUAUUCCAUGUACAAUAACAAGCACAAUGUAAUUCUGAGAGAAAAAUGGCAAAACUGGUAAUGAAAUAGACAGGACAGCAAGAAAGGUCAUUGAUAACAUUGGGAGGUAAUGAAUGUUGAUGGCAAGGACCUGUUCUUCGUUUACCUUGCUUGAAAUAAUAUAUCAAAUUCUCUGUUAGACUGCCAAAGGUGUUUGACUGUUACGCCCCGGGAGGGAUGGCGAUUGGACAGAUCAGUCUCUAUCACUUUUGCACAUCUUCAUCAAUCCUAUCUGCCCUCUUCUGUUUUUCAUCAAAAAAUUAAGAAUGAAAAUUAGCAUAUUUCCUCACAAAAUGCGCAGUUCUAAAUCCCCCUGGCUCUAAACUAAGCAUUUUAAAUGUAUAUUUGCUGCUUUAUUGAACCAAGAACUGAAACACAAACUUUGGAGACGUGCAAAAUGCAAAGCAUAACUAUGUUCUGAUCUGCACUUUAGUAUGGGAUGUGGUGGCAUAAGUUAGUUCUCGCUGGAAUUCAGAAAGAUUUGCUACAGGUUCAGAGUUUCAGGUGGUAGGUAAGAGGGCAGGCACUGUUGCCUGGAUGCAUCUCACCAGAGAAGAGGGCUUGGUCACGAUGGUUAGCUGAGGGACAAGACCAGUCCAUGAAGACUGGCUCUUUUUCUCUCAUAUGAAUUCCAGCCUGGGAGAACUCUGGCCAGCUGCUUCUCAUCUCACUUUCUGGAGGUGUGAUAGGUGGCACAGCACCAUAACAGGAGGGAACAAGACAGUUGCAGUCUAAGCCGAGGCCAGAUCCAUGAAAGGAUCCCAAGUAUGCAGAGUGGACAGUGUAGGAGGGAGGACUGGGUAAAACUAGUACAGCUGGGCAAAGUUAGAAUGAAAACAAGGCACGGAGCCAAGGAGCUCUGUACUUUUACUGCACAAACUGCCAUCAGGAAGAGGAAGUGUGUGUAGAAGGUGGAAAGAGCAGAUUUUACAUGUUCAAAGUAAAUAAAUAACUUUAGCUAACUAUAUUUGUUUUUAAACUUUUAUUUAUCAGUGCUUGAAUCAUCAUUUUAUGUAUAUUUGCUUUUUAAUUGGUUUGUGGAUUUUAGCUAUAUGUUAUCUACAGUUGUAUUUGUGCUCUGCAGAGUUCUUUGAUCAAGCAGCUUGUCAAUCUUAUGAAUAAAUCUUGAAAAUGUACCUUCUUAGUAAGUGAUCAUACAGAGAAUAUGUCAGCAAUAUGCUUUGUGGUGGGAAGUAGGAUUUUUUAAAAAUGUAACAACCAGUAUCUUCAGCUUCUUUCUAUUCAGAAAACAAUCAUAUGUAGAUAGAAUGUGCCAUGUACUUAUGAGGAAAAGGUAUCACUUAAAAGUGGUCAGUUUUGAAUCCC